GGAUUCUUUAUAAAGCCGCCACCUUUGCCCUCGCGAGCUUUCGUUAGUAACGCCGCGUGAGCUGAGCGGGUGGGGGAGUUUGUCAACUGGGUGAGGCGCGCGCGAGGGAGCGAGCGUCCGACUCCGGCGAUGGCGGCGGCGGGGGAGAAGGCGAGGGUGGUGCUUGUUGGCGGCGGCCCCGCGGGCUCCCUCUUCGCCAAGACCAUGGAGGGCCACGCCGACGUCGUCCUCCUCGAUCCGAAAGAGUACCUGGAGAUCCCCUGGUCUGAGCUGCGUUCGAUGGUGGAACCAUCUUUUGCUGAGAGAUCAUUAAUCUAUCACAAAGAUUACCUCAACGACACAACCAUCGUGACAUCUUCUGCAGUCAAUAUCACCGAAGACGCUGUCCUGACUGCUGAUGGUCAAUCUCUUCCAUAUGAUUAUCUUGUCAUAGCGACUGGCCAUGCUUUGACUUCUCCUGCCAGCAGAGCUGAGAGGUUAAAAGAAUUCCAGAGAGAUAAUGGGAAGAUAGAGUCAUCAGAAUCUGUCCUGAUAAUUGGAGGUGGUCCAACUGGUGUUGAACUAGCUGCAGAGAUUGCGGUAGACUACCCGGGGAAGAAGGUGACCCUUAUCCAUAGAGGACCACGUCUACUCGAAUUCAUGGGAGAAAAGGCUUCAAAGAAGUGCCUUGAUUGGCUGACUUCAAAGAAAGUAGACGUGCUUCUUCAGCAAUCUGUUGACUUGGGCUCAUUAUCAGACACGGAGAAGGUGUACAAGACAUCAGGCGGAGAAACAGUAAGAGCUGAUUGCCACUUUGUGUGCAUUGGAAAGCCACUGAGUUCGUCGUGGCUACAUGAUACCAUCCUAAAGGAAUCUUUGGAUAGCAAGGGGAGAGUAAUGGUGGAAAAUGAUUUAAGAGUGAAGGGUUAUAAUAACAUUUUCGCGAUUGGUGACAUCACGGAUAUUCCUGAAAUCAAACAAGGGUAUAACGCCCAGAAGCAUGCCCUGCUAGUGGCGAAGAACCUGAAGUUAUUGAUCAAGGGUUUGCCUAACAGCAAACUGUCAACUUACAGCACCGGUUACCCGCUGGCACUCGUCUCUCUUGGAAGGAAGGAAGGGCUGGCUCAAAUUCCCUUUCUGACGAUCUGCGGGUGCUUGCCAGGCAAGAUCAAAUCCGGCGAUCUUUUCAUCGGCAAGACGAGGAAGCAGAUUGGCCUGAGUGGUUGACUCCGGUCCGUGGAAGUUUGAAAAUGCUUGCGUCCUCGUUGUUUACAGACGAUGGAUUCCUUCAAACAAAGCUUGUGUGUUGUUCAUAUGACCAUAUGCCUCUGUAUUCGUCUGAUGGUGUGGAUGCUUGGAAUGGUGACGAGCAGAAUGUAUGCUACGUACAUGACUACAUGUAUACAUGGACCUUUUUGCUUCGAUGAAUCUUGUGUUUAUUAAAAAGCCGCAUUUUGUUUGCUGGCAACUAAACAAUGAAUCAUCUUUGCUUGAUGGCAAUACAAUGUCUGCAAUGGCAAUUUGAUGCCUGUGGGGCCGGCCUAUGAA